UCAAUGGAGAAUAGCACAGAAGUGACAGAGUUCAUCCUCUUGGGAUUAACAGAUGACCCCAAUCUUCAGGUUCCUCUCCUCCUGAUAUUUUUGUUCAUCUACCUCAUCACUCUGGUUGGGAAUGGGGGGAUGAUGAUGAUCAUCCACUCAGACUCCCGUCUCCACACUCCAAUGUACUUCUUCCUCAGUCACCUCUCUUUUGUGGAUCUGGGUUAUUCCUCAGCUGUAGCUCCCAAGAUGGUGGCUGCAUUGCAAUCAGGGAACAAGGUCAUCUCCUACAACGGUUGUGCGGCUCAGUUCUUCUUCUUUGUGGGUUUUGCCACUGUAGAGUGCUACCUCUUGGCCUCUAUGGCCUACGACCGCCAUGCAGCAGUAUGUAAGCCUCUUCACUACACCACCACCAUGACAGCAAGUGUGUGUGCCCUCCUGACUAUUGGCUCCUAUGUCUGUGGCUUCCUCAAUGCCUCUAUCCAUGCAGCAGACACCUUCAGACUUUCCUUUUGUGGUUCUAAUGAGAUUAAUCAUUUUUUCUGUGACAUUCCACCUCUCUUGACUCUCUCAUGCUCCAACACACGCAUCAGUAAGUUGGUUGUCUUCUCUGUGGUGGGCUUCAAUGUCUUUUUCACACUCUUGGUCAUCCUUACCUCUUACUUCUUCAUAUACAUCGCCAUCCAAAAAAUGCGUUCUGCUGAAGGGCGGAAGAAAGCAUUCUCCACUUGCGCUUCCCACCUCACUGCGGUUUCCAUCUUUUAUGGCACGAUCAUCUUCAUGUACUUGCAGCCCAGCUCUGGCCAGUCUAUGGACACAGACAAAAUAGCAUCUGUGUUUUACACUGUGGUGAUUCCCAUGCUAAACCCUUUGAUUUACAGUCUCAGGAACAAAGAAGUGAAAAAUGCUCUCUGGAAAUUACUGAACAAACUUUGCCCCCAGUCUUUAAGGGUGUGGAGGAAGUCGGCAGGCAGCUGA